CUGCUCACACUCCCGUUUUUGGUCGCGUACUAUGCCAUGGACCGUAGAUGGAUCUUUGGAGAGGUGUUCUGCAAGAUAACACGAUUCUGCUUCAGCCUGAAUUUAUAUGGCAGCAUUGGGUUCCUCACCUGUAUAAGCGUGUAUAGAUACCUGGCCAUCGUUCAUCCAAUGAGGGUGAUGGGAAGAAUAGCUGUCACCCACACUGUGGCUAUCUCAGUCAUGGUUUGGCUCUUGGUGGGCGUUCAAAGUCUUCCGGACAUGUUCUUCACCAAAACAUUGGAAAACACCAAAGAAUGCCUUGACACCACCGAUAAAAACCAUCUUGAGCGUUACCUGAAAUACAGCCUUGGAUGGACACUCACUGGAUUUUGUAUCCCAUUCCUCAUCACACUGGGCUGCUAUGGACACGUGAUCGUCAUUAUCUGCAAGUCAAAUAGCAUUGACAAGGUGCUGAAACAGAGAAGUUUGAAGUUGUUGUUCAUCACGAUUCUUCUCUUCUCUGUUUGUUACAUCCCACAUCACGUAUUCAAGAACCUCAACCUCUUGUCAAGAGUUCUGUCUAUGAAUAAUAUAAACUAUGGAUGGUUUAAUGGAGUCUACAUCGCUCGUCAGAUAAGUCGUGGCCUUGUGUGUCUGAACAGCGCUCUCAACCCUCUAGUUUACCUCCAUGGAAAUGAAAACAUUGGUGCUCAGCUCAUGCAGCUCCUCCAGCGAGCCUGGCAAGCUGUCAUGCAGCUGUUCAACCGACGUAGUCAUGUUCCCGUGGUGCAGAUUAUCUGAUAUGUGAAUGAAAUUGCAGAAUUGUAUUGCAUUAUUGAUUAUUGUGUUUGAGCUAUGUGGCUGUCAUAUUGUGGUUAACAUGCAAAAUAACUAAAAAAUAAA